CUGAAACUCAGCAGCUUUCCUGAAAAUGGUCCAUAUCCAUCCCCAAGGGGCUGCCCCUCUCCAAGCAGGAGCUGCAGGCAUGUCCAGGUAGUUGCUGUGUCACCCUCUUGCAGCAGUGUUGGGGGCCAAUAGUCACCCUGCUUCUCCCUGGAGGUAACUGCAUGUCCAGUGACAGCCCGUUAAUUGCCUGUGUGUAAUCCCCAAUGUGCUGCUGCUGCUUUGCAUGGAAACUUGGGGGCUGUGACUCCCAGAUGUGAGGCUGAAGUGCUCUGGGGAAGGCUCAGCAGUUUUUUUUUUUAACUCGGAAUUUAAAACUGAAUAAAAAGAACAUUUUUCCUUCUCACCCUUUUGCCAACAACCUUUUUAUCAUAAGAAGAGAACCAUGUUCUCCCUUGGGUAGUCUGGUGGCUGCCAGGUCCCUGUCGGCUGAGGAGCCAGGGCCCCAGAAAGGUGACUUUGCGGUAGGGCUGGGCUGUUGUUUUACUGUUGGGCCCCUGCACAGACCUAAUAAAUCAUGCUUGCCACAUCAGCAGUAGCAGCCAGUGUCGGUCUGAGCAGCUUUCUUCCAAGAAGUGGAUAAUCCAGAUGACCAGAGUCUCUGCGAUCUGAGCUGCAAGUUCAGCUCAGCUUCAGCAGGAGCCCUGGAAGAUGCUGCUGCAGUAGCUGCUGCGUUGCCGGAGGGACCUCGCUGGAAGGAGAACAGGGGGCAAAGCCAGAUCCCACAGCCACGUGCUCACCUCCCUGGGCUGGAGAACUCCCAGCAGGGUCUUGUUCAUUCCCACUGAACAGGUGUGCUGGUCCUGGAGCCUCUGUGCUCCACAAAUGAAGCCACUCACAGGGACCUCGUUGGGAGAGGGGGAAGAGGAGGCGCAGGGACUCACCCAGGGGCGCCGGCGGCGGCAGCGGCAGAGAAUGAGCUGCCAACCCGGCCCCUCACCCCGGAGGGAGCAGCAAGCAGAGCUGUCCGGGCUCUCCAUGUCUCCAGAUGAAGGCAGGAUAAGCAGUCCCCAGAGGCACCCAGAGAGGGUUUUGGCUGGGAGCCAGCAGAGUGUGGAGCGUGUCAAUGAGGUGCCAGGCAGGGACAGGCAGGAGCAGGCUGCUCACACCGGGGACAGUGACAGGACUGAAGAAGGUGCAGAAACCCUGGAGGAGCCAGUGCUGAGUUUCCCCAGUGAGCUCUCAGUGCUGGACAGGCUAGGCUUGCACAGGGUGGCUUUGACAGAGCAGGAUCUGGAGGCAGCCUUUGCCCACCUCGCGCUGGCUUUUCGCUGUGACAUGUUCACCCUGCAGCAACGGGUUCAGGUGGAGAAGCGGGCACGGGAUGCAGCAGAGGAAAACAUCCAGGAGGAGCUGGGGCAGUGCCGGGCUGCCCUGGAGAGGCUGGGUCCAUCCUGUGCCAAUGUGGGCUGCAAGGAGAUGCUGGAGCAGCUGCAGCACAACCUGGCUGUGCUGUCGGCAGCUGUCGAGCGGGCAACCAGCGCUGCGGAGAAGCUGGGGGCUGUACACCAGGAGGCCCGGAUGAGCCGAGCAGCAGAGGUGAUGGUCCAGCACGUGGAGAACCUGAAGCGGCACCACAUGCGGGAGCACGCGGAGCUUGAGGAGAUGAAGCGCCUGAUCCAGCAAAACUCCCGCAACCGGCAGCUGGCAGAGACCCAGGAUGAUGUGGAGCCACGGCUGAGGCCUCACCCCCUGAAGCGAACUUUCCAGCAGGGGUCUGCCCGCCGCAGAGUCAGCAUCGCUGUCAUCCCCAAGCAGCUCUUGCCAGGUGCCAGCCCUGACAGCCGAGCAGCCCUGGCAGGUGAGACGGAGCCAGAGGGGGCCCAGCGCUGGCCCAGCACCCAGAGGAGUGAACUGGAGCCACAGGGCCAGGGCAGUGCCAUGACUGAGGAGCUGGUGGCUGAGGCAGAUGACAGAGGCUCAAGGGCAGGGGAUGAGGAGCCGGAGCAGCUUGGGCUGACGUCCAAGGGAUCCGCAGUGGAGCUGUGGCGACCGUGGCUCUUCCUCCCGCAGCACUACUGGGUUUUCUUCUGGCUGCUUCUCCUGAGCAUCGCCUUCCUCCUCCUCAUCCGUGUCCUAGAGCUGCAGCGGCUGCAGUCUGCAGCAUCACCCAAGGCCUAGCUAGACCAGGGAGGGGAAGGCAGCUGGGAGGUGUCACUGCUCCUUCCCCAUGCCAUAAGUCACCAAAACUCUAGAAUAAUAAAGUUAGAGGAAAAAUGGGGGAGUUGUAAUGCUGGAGCAGGUGGAACACCCUGUGGUAGGAUCUAAGGUAUGGUUGGCACCAUAUAAGCGUGAAGGGUUCAGAGGGGCAGUCCUCACUGACGCUGUGAGUUUGCCUGUAGUCAGCACACUGAGGGGUGCAGGUGUGCCCCCACACGUCCCCUCUGCUGGGGACAGACUGGGCUGCCCACAGCCAUGGCUUUUCAGUA